CAAUCCCCCCAGUCAGCGCUAAGCUGAUAUGACAAACUGUUGAAGUAAUCGUGCCAGACCCAGCAGAGCCCUGCUCCUCCUCAGAUCUCCCUCCCUCGCUCAUUCGUUUUCUCUCUCUCUCUCUCUCUCUCUCUCUCUCUCUCUCUCUCUCUCUCUCUCUCCGAGGGACGCCUCUUCCCUUUCAUUGUAAGCAAUAAAAGGGAAUUGCGCACAAAGAGCCACACUGCCACUUGCGGCGAGGCAGACAGCUGCCAAACCCGAAUUGAAGCGUUUUCCUUCUUGAUCUGAGUGUGUGUCGGGAGGCUGCAAGAGCUGUUCCCGCAUGGGGCUUCAAAGGGGGUCUCGCCCCGAGCCCCCCCCCACCAGGACCCGACCUGCAGCAGAGCUGGGAAAAGGGACGCCUGCCGCCAACGGUGAGCUGAGGGACCAGAGGAAAGCGUCUAGUCGUGUACAGUGUGGUUUUACUGGAGCUCUCUGGUGGAUAUUCUGAGGACUAAAUAGACUAGACGAAAUGAAGGCUUAACGCUCCAUCUGGAGGAUGCAGACAUGGUAACAGCCAUAGGACGGUCACUGACAUCACAAACAGGCAGGCUUCGGUGCUGAGGAGGCUGUGCUGCUGAGAGUCGCAGCAGGCGGACAGAGGGACGGGCGGUUUGACGGACGGGCGAGCCGCAGGGCCAGCCUGGGUGAAUGGUGUCCGUGCGGAGGGACGCGGCAGGAUGGCGUCCACGGGCACGCAGAUCUUCGCCUUCGUGCUGGCUCUGCUGGGCAUCCUGGGCGCCACAGUGGCCACACUGCUGCCCAACUGGAAAGUGAGUGCAGAUGUAGGCUCCAACAUAAUCACCGCCAUCUCACAGAUGCAGGGGCUGUGGAUGGACUGCACAUGGUACAGCACGGGCAUGUUCAGCUGCACCCUCAAGUACUCUGUGCUGGCGCUGCCUGCUUACCUGCAGACGGCACGCACCACCAUGGUGCUGUCCUGUGUGCUGGCAGCACUCGGACUGUGCCUGGCCUCGCUGGGCCUCAAGUGCACCCGCUGGGGCGGCGGGCGACGCGCAAAACGCCACGCGGCCCUGGCGGCAGGCACCUGCUUCCUGGCCUCCGGCUUCCUGUGCCUGGUGCCUGCCUCCUGGUACACCAACGAGGUCAUCGUCAGCUUCCUGGAUGCCAACGUGCCCGAGAGCAACAAGUUUGAACCGGGUGGCGCUGUCUACGUCGCUUUCGUCUCGGCCGGCUUUCUCUUCGUCGGCGGCUCCAUCUUCUGCCUGUCGUGCUCGGGAAAACGGCAGGCCCCUCAGGACUUGAUCCUGCUCCCUCCGGAUAAACUCCUGCUGCAACAGCAGCAACAGCAGCUGCUCCAGCAGCAACAGCAACAAGAGCAACUCCAGCACCAGUACUGCUCCCUAUCACCUCUGGACAACAAGACUGGCUACAGCCUGCAGGACUAUGUGUAAGGGGGAAAAACAUACAGCCUCGGCCAGACACGUGCGAGGCGCUGCCGCACAAACCUCUGGCUCUGGCGAUUACUAGAUGAAAGGGGGAGGAGGACAGCGACUUUGAUGCACUCCCCUCUCCCCCUUCUCCCCCUGUUUUCUGAUCGGCAAGCACAAGCGGUGGAGGUAUUCCCUAAGCAAUGUCUUGGAACAGACGGAUCGUGAAUACUGAGGUGCGCUGCUGUGGAGAGAGCGCUGCAGUAGCAGCUGAAAGCGAUGACAGACAGAGAGAGAGAGAGAGAGAGAGAGACAGAGCGCAGACGAUAAAUAAAUGCAGAUAUCCAGUAUCCAAGCAAAGCGUAUUAAGAGUUCCUUGGGGAGUGGAUUAGCUGUAAGGAAAUCUUUUUCUCUACCCCCUCAUUCCCUAUACCCCACCCCCCUUACCCCCCUCCCCAAAGAUUAGAAUUGAAAAGCAAUCGUUUAGCUGCUAACAAUCUUUUGGUAACCUCUGUUCAAAGUAAGUCGGCAAUAUGUCUCUUUGAGGCAAUAGUGUGGGUAGCCAGUUUGCAAGCCUUUUCUUGUGGUUUUUCUGUCCACACCUGUCCACUUUUGAGUAACAGUAGAACUAAUGCAAUGUCUUGUCUUAUUUUGGUAGCUGAUAGAAUGAUUGAUAUUCUGCCUAAGCAUGCUGUCUGGAGCCUGUGCAUAAUGCAGCAGAAUGCCUGGUAGAGAGAGUCGUAGCCACAUUGCCCGUGCCUAUAUUAAAAAAAAAAAAAAAACAGAAAGAGAGAGAGAGAUAGAAAGCUACAGAACAGUAUACCACUGGAAUUGUU